UACGUCUGGCUUCCGACAGACAGCGCGGGAGCAGACGUGCUGCACUCUCCAGGCAUGUCAGCGUUGUUGUGCAAAGUGCCCCGAGGGCUCACGGCAGCAUGUGCAAUCACGAAAACUGUCACACGAGGCACUGUGCCUGUGCUACAGAGGCUGUCUCAUUCGGCAGUCAGUCAUCCGACACAGCUUCAGCAAGAAGACCCAGAAAUGUGGGAGCUACUCAAGGAAGAGAAACAGCGCCAAGUCUCUGGCCUAGAGCUUAUUGCAUCUGAAAACUUUGCUAGUCAAUCUGUCCUCGAAGCACUGGGAUCUUGUCUGAAUAAUAAGUACUCGGAGGGAUAUCCUGGCGUAAGGUACUAUGGUGGCACAGAAGUGGUGGACAAAAUCGAACUACUCUGUCAGAAGAGGGCCCUCGAGGCGUUCAGUUUAGACCCAAGCAAAUGGGGCGUCAACGUCCAGCCAUAUUCGGGUUCUCCUGCAAAUUUUGCAGCCUACACUGCCGUGCUGCAACCACAUGACAGGAUCAUGGGACUUGACUUACCCGAUGGGGGACACCUUACCCAUGGCUACAUGACGGACCAAAAGAGGAUAUCCGCAACAUCUAUAUACUUUGAAUCCAUGGGUUACAAAUUAAAUAAAGAAACGGGACUAAUCGACUAUGAGAAGCUACAUGACAUGGCGCGGCUGUUUCGGCCGAGGUUGAUCAUUGCUGGAACAAGCGCUUAUGCUAGGUUACUGGACUACAAAAAGUUCAGAGAAGUGUGCGACGAUGUCAAGGCAAUCCUCAUGGCCGACAUGGCCCACAUUAGUGGGCUCGUAGCAGCAAAGGUGAUCCCGUCUCCUUUCGAAUAUGCCGACUUGGUUACCACCACGACACACAAGACUCUUCGAGGUUCAAGAGCGGGCCUCAUCUUCUUUCGCAAGGGGGUGAAAGAGGUUGACAAGAAAGGGAAAGAAAUCAUGUACGACCUGGAGCAAAAGGUCAACUUUGCAGUGUUUCCAUCACUUCAGGGCGGACCCCACAACCACGCCAUUGCCUCUGUUGCUGUUGCUUUAAAACAGGCAACAACGCCAGAAUUUCGUGAAUAUCAGGAGCAAGUGCUCAAGAAUGCCAAAGCAAUGGCGACUGCACUGGUGGAGAGAGGCCACACCAUUGUCUCCGGUGGCACAGACAACCACCUCCUGCUCUUGGAUCUGCGACCAAGAGGACUGGAUGGUGCACGACUAGAGGCAGUCAUGAAUGAAUGUAACAUCACUGCAAACAAAAACACCUGCCCAGGAGACAAGUCGGCCCUUGUGCCGGGUGGUAUCCGCCUUGGUGCACCUGCCCUGACAUCAAGGAACUUCAAGGAGAAAGACUUCCACAAAGUUGUAGAGUUCAUUGACAGAGCAGUUACUAUAGCCCUUGAAGCCAAGCCAAAAGCAGGGAAGACAGUGAAGGACUUCAAGGAAUUUAUUUCAAAAGACGACGCAACCAAGCUUAAAAUGCAGGAGCUACGGAAGGACGUUGAAGCUUUUGCAGUCACAUUUCCGAUGCCUGGAUUCACUGACCACUAGUCACACAAAUUUUUUCUGUACAUAGAUGUACAAGACUUGUUGCGACACUUGAAUAAAAAGUUGUAGUUUUUAUUUUA